AUGGCAUCAUACCGAUACAGGCCACUCCAGGCUGCAAUUCAAGAGAUCCGAUUUGUUCAUCUCUUGCCUGGGCUCUUUCAGGACUCCAUCAAGAUCCGCAUCGUCCACUCCCCGUUUCCCCUACAUCCAGCACCGAAAUCUAACUACCACAACCCUCAUGUCAAUAAUCUGAAGGCUUCGGUGCCCCGGCCGUGGUCGGUAGAAGAGACUGAACGUGGCAACCUCAUCUUGUUCAAUGUGGCUACUGGCGAGACACAUCCGAUCGACGUUCCCUCGGAUGGUACAUCAGAGGAAUCCCAGGAGUAUCAGCCACGAUAUGAAGCAUUGUCAUAUGUAUGGGGAACCGGCAACAUUUCCGAACUUGCCCAAGUGGAAUCUGAGCAUCGUCAAUCACACCAGGCCCCAACAACUAUCGGAGUUCGCCCCAAUCUCGCAUCAGCAUUGCGCCACCUCCGGUCUCCUAACGAGACUCGUGUCUUAUGGAUCGACGCCAUAUGCAUUAACCAAGAUGAUAUCACCGAGCGUAACGAACAGGUCAAGAGGAUGACCAACAUCUACGCCUUCGCGCAUCAAGUGGUAGCCUGGCUUGGUGAAGAAGCAGAUGACAGCAAACAUGCCCUCGCCACACUGCAGCAUGUUUCUCAGCAACUCGAGGCGACAAAGGCAGUUCGUGUAAUCGCCGCUCCUGGCGCCACGGAGCCUAGGCUAUGGAGGAACGACCACGCGCCACAAUUUGACCAGCAGACCUGGCAAGCGAUUAUACAGUUUGUUCAGCGCGAGUGGUUCUAUCGCCUCUGGUGCUGGCAGGAGAUCAAUCUCGCUGGUCGCGGCCACAUGCAGUGUGGGAGUGAUAAGAUGCAGUGGAACGACUUUUGGCUAGCCAUACUCUGUCUCAACAACAAAGAUACUUCACUUAACAUCAACUUUCGUGAACGAUGUCGACAUAUUGUCUUUCUGAAGUACGGUACAAGGAGUCACUCCAUGGCUAAUAUUCUUGAUAUCAGUCGUAGCAAAGGCUGUGUCAACCCCAGAGAUAAGAUAUACGGACUCUUGGGUAUUACGGCGUCAUACUUCAGCUCCAGAAUCACGGUUGAUUACCUGCGACCUCUCGAGGAUGUUUACAAAGAGGCAUUUUUGGCCCAUCUUGACGUUACAGAACGGCUAGAACUGCUAAAGCAUUGCGAUCUAACGAAUCGCCAAAUCGGGGGUCCAUCCUGGGUGCCCGACUGGUCCAGAACAGAACUUGCAGCGCCGCUCCUCAGCGAGCAACUCUCCUCUGGUAUAUCCCGAGCAUACUUUACACUCAAAGAGCCAGAUAUACUUGAGGUCAAGGGAAUUCAGCAUAUCAUGGUCAAAUCUAUCAAUUGUAUCGCAUCUAAGGUAGAAGAGGAGACGCUGCUUGCAGUCAAAGAUUGGUUCCAGGAUCUGCCAGCCGGCAAUUACUUUACUGGCGAAAGCAUGGAGACUGCCUUUGUACUGACACUCUGUAUGGAGCGCACACGAGAGCGACAUCCAUAUAAUCACAACAAAAGCAAUGCAGAAUGGGUUAAAACACUGCAUAAGAUGUUGAGUUUGACCGAAAACUCGCGGGACGAUCCGUUCUACUCUGAGAGGGAGACUGCAAACACGAUACAAAAGAUCCGUGGCCGUCGCUUUUUCACGACCGAAAAUGGCCUGAUUGGCACUGCACCAGCUUGUACUCAGAUCGGCGAUUCUAUAUGCCUUGUACUAGGAACCUACGCUCCCAUGGUUCUACGCCCAAUCUCUUCGGGAACAUUUCAAGUAGUCGGAGAAUGCUACGUCUACGGCCUCUCGGACGCAUUUGGCUUUCUUGGCCCAUUACCAUCGCACUGGAAGGCUAUCAUCAAGGGAGAUGCGCUGGGAAGGCCGCUUCAGCUGUUUAUGAACAUGACAAAUGGACAGGAGACAAUAGAUGACCCCCGGUUACCGUUACCGCCAGGUUGGGAACGAACAACAUACGAAAGGCUUCCCGAGGAUCCUGCUAUCUUUCAGAAAUUUCGGAAUUUGGAAACGGGUGAAGUCAUCAACUAUGAUCCAAGGUUGACGCCUGAAGAGUUGGAAGCUCGUGGUGUUAAACUACAAACAUUCAAGCUAAUCUGA